CCUUCUCUUCGUUCUUUUCCUUCCUAUAUAAGCUCACCAAAUUCCUCUUCCUUCUAUUUUUGUUUUUUCUUCUUCUUCCGAAGAACAAUUAUUCUCCGAAAAAUCUAAGAACUUUUUCUUACGAUGGCCGAACCUAAGAGCAAAUUUGAAUCCGCCAGAGAGUGGGUCGUAGAUCAUAAGCUUCGAACUGUGGGGUCUCUUUGGCUAAGCGGAAUAGCAGGUUCAAUCGCAUACAAUUGGUCCCGACCAAAGAAAACAAGUGUGAAGAUUAUUCAUGCUAGGUUGCACGCUCAGGCUCUCACCUUAGCUGCAUUAGCUGGUGCAGCAGUGGUGGAAUACUAUGACCACAGAACAGGCAAAAAGGCUGAUCAGUACGCUAAGUUCCUCCCAAACUCCUACCCUCACAAGGAUUGACUGUGAUAUUCCAUCAACAAUUGCCAUAUGGGAGUAUAGAAAAAGAGGAAAGAAGUUAUAAUAAUAAUAUUAAAUAAAUAAAUGAAAAAAAAAGCAAUUUUUUUCUUUAAGUAUCUUCACAUUUUCCCCAGACCUAGUUUUGGGUUACUUAGUUGGGCAGUUACUAUAAGGAUGUCCCAGUAAUGAGACCUGAGGCAAAGACGUCCUCCUCAUCAAUUUUCGCUAACCAAGAUUUUGGUCAGAAGUAGUGGGAUUUCUUCUUUGGCCAUGAAUAUUUGGAUGAUAUUGUUGAUGAUUGAAUGUCGGGAUUAGCAUUUAUGGUCACUGUAUUGUUUCAUUUUACAACAACUUAGUGUAUUCUUCAUUCAUUUAUGAGUUCUUGCUUAAUGAUAAUUAUUAUAUGCAUUUGAAGAAA